AUUUUCCUGAGUUCGAUCUCCAUUUAUCGCCCCACAAUUCCCUUCUAAGGUCCAAGAAUGGCUCACGCCGCGACGAAUUCCAAGCUAAAGAUCGCCAUCAUCCACCCCGAUCUCGGCAUAGGUGGAGCAGAAAGGUUAAUUGUUGAUGCAGCAGUUGAACUCGCAAGUUUUGGUCACAAGGUUCAUGUUUUUACGGCCCAUCAUGAUGAAAAACGAUGUUUUGAGGAAACUGUUUCUGGUACUUUUCCAGUUACAGUAUAUGGUGAUUUUCUACCACGCCAUAUUUUCUACUGCUUCCAUGCUAUAUGUGCUUAUGUUAGGUGUAUAUUUGUUGCACUUUGCGUGCUUUUCAUGUGGCCAGCAUUCGAUGUCAUCCUGGUAGACCAGGUUUCUGUUGUAAUUCCUCUUAUGAAGCUAAAGAGGCUGACAAAGAUAAUAUUCUACUGCCAUUUCCCUGAUCUGUUGCUCGCACAACAUACAACCAUGCUUAGACGGAUAUACCGGAAACCAAUUGACUUGAUUGAAGAAGCAACAACUGGUAUGGCAGACCUGGUCUUGGUUAAUAGCAAAUUUACUGCUGCACAGUUUGCAACAACAUUCCAUGGCCUGCAAUUACGAGGGAUCAGACCAGCUGUUCUUUCCCCUGCUGUUAAUGUGAAACAGUUUGAUGGACCAUGUGCUUAUAAGUUGAAUUUCCUUUCAAUUAAUCGCUUUGAAAGAAAGAAGAACCUUGAACUAGCAAUUUCAUCCUUUGCAUUGCUUUAUUCUUCCAAAGCUCCUAAUCCUGAUCAAGGUUUAGCUGAAGCUACCUUGACAGUGGCAGGUGGUUUUGAUAGACGUCUCAAGGAAAAUGUGGAGUAUCUAGAGGAACUCAAAAAGUUGGCAGAAAAUGAAGGAAUCUCUGAUCGUGUUAACUUCAUUACAUCUUGUUCAACAUCAGAACGGAAUAUGCUUCUCUCACAAUGUAUCUGUGUUCUUUAUACUCCAAAGGAUGAACACUUCGGCAUUGUUCCCUUGGAAGCCAUGGCAGCCCAAAAGCCGGUGAUUGCGUGCAACAGCGGAGGGCCUGUGGAGACAGUGAAGGACAAAGUGACGGGUUUUCUCUGCGAUCCCACUCCGCUGGAUUUCUCAAAACCAAUGUCCCAGCUGAUUACUGACCCUGAAUUGGCAGUAAGAAUGGGCAUGGAAGCACGGGCGCAUGUCGACGAAAAGUUCUCUACCAGGACUUUCGGCAAACAACUGAAUUCAUUUGUUCUUGAUACUCACCACCGCAGAAUUGAGUAAACUACAAAUUGUAGUGUAAUGAAAACUCUCAUACAAAGUUCAGAUAAAUUGAUUUUGUAUGAUUUGCCAUACAUUAUUAUCUUGAUUGGGUUUGGUAUUAAGAUCAUAUACACUAAUUAAUGUUACUCCUUUCGGAAACUUUUACUGGUU